ACCAUUUUAAAAUUGUCAUUUAAAAUAUUGAAAAUUUUAAAGUUUCAAAAAUGUUUGGUGUUUGAUCAUGUUAUCAUCAUAACCAUCAUCAUCAUUUGAUCAAACAGUGACGACAAAAAUAAUCAUGACACUUGAGCGAAGUAAGCUUCGUCGCUCAAUACCGAUGCUGAAUGAUCUUGAUAGCUAUCUUUAUGAAGAUAUCCGACGUGUUUUCGUUUUCGGUCGCAAUAAUGAUUCAGUAAUAUUUAUCACUCGAAAUGAUCAUGUCUAUUCAUAUGGUCGUAAUAAUUGUGGUUAUUUAGGUAUCGGUAAUCAUCGAAAUGAUAAUGGUGAUUUAAUCAUUGAACCGCAAAAAAUUCAUCAAUUAUGUGGACGAAAAAUCCAGGAAUUUUCCGCCGGUCGUAAUCAUUUAUUGGCAAGAUCAAAAACGGGUAAAAUAUAUUGCUGUGGUAGUAAUGAAUUUGGUCAGCUCGGUAUUAACGAGGAAAUAAAUAUUCCAAAACAAAUAGAAUCAUUAAGUAAUGAAUUUAUAAUCGGUAUUGCUUGCGGUGCAUUUCAUUCAUUAGCAUUAACAAAACGUGGCCAAUUAUUUGGUUGGGGUUUCAAUUUUUGGGGACAAUUAGGUCUAGGUGAUAAUCAUAAUCGUUUUCAGCCAACAUUAUUACGUCGAUUAAAGCGAGAAAAUAUUGUGGAAAUAGCUUGUGGCCAACAUCAUUCAGUGGCAUUAACGCGUUCAGGCCAUCUGUUUACAUGGGGACAUAAUGCAUUCGGACAACUUGGUAUUGGUCAUCACAAUCAUCCGAAUGAUAAACAAUUCAAUUAUUGUAACAUUCCAACCAAAGUGAUUGAUGGCAAUGAUUUUCGAAUCAAACAAGUUACAUGUGGACAAAAUCACGUCCUUGCUUUAAGUAUUGAUGGUCAAAUGUUAGGAUUUGGUUCGAAUUAUUAUGGACAAUUAGGCACCGGAUCAAGGAGAAAUCAAUUCAAACCAAUUCCCAUAUAUACUGAAGACAAAAUCAAUGAUAUUCUUACAUCACCAUUCAGUAAUACAUCAUUGGCGAGAACCAGAAAAAAACGUAAUUCAUUAGUAUUUGGUAAAUGUGGUGAUCAUUGGUUAUUAACACCUAUCGAUACAAAAAUUAUUGAUGAUAAUGAACAAUCACCAUCAUCACAUUCAAUUAUAUCUAAAGAUGAAAAUAAUAAUCCUAUUUCAAAUCCCAUAAUGACUAAUCAUUAUUUAAUGGACAACAAUUCAUCGAUGCUGACGAAGAAGAAAAAUAAAUCCAAUUCACAUGAAAUUUUUGCCGAAAUCAAUCAAUCAACAGCACAUACAACCAAAGUUGUACGACGAUUUAAUCACACUAAUUUAUUCUGGCAGGUUUUAUACCUGAUGAAAAGUAAAUUACCAAAAAUUAAAUAUCAUCAUCGUUCAACAGCAACAAACGAUAAUGAUGAUGAUAAUGAUGAUGGUCGUAUGGGUCAAAAUAGAAACGUUGAACCCAAAUGGAGUGUUGAAAAAUUCAAUAAUCAUCUUCGAAUAUGAUUUAGUAAUUUUAUUUAUUUAUUAACAAAUUUCAUACAUUGCAACAAAAAAAAUCGUAUCUUGACUGCAACUUACAAUGUACAAAACUGUUUUUC